CCCUCAGGUCUUCAUCGUUUCGUCCUCCAUUUUAAUCGCCCUUUCUCUCCGUCAAAACCUCUCUCUAUCUCUCUCUCCCCAUCGAAACGACAUGUCGUCCUCGGGCGGCAAUUCCGGCGUCGCCGCUCCUCCUCCUCCUUCCCCGCUUUACUUCUGCCACCAGUGCGAUCGCACCGUAACCCUCAACCCUUCCCCUACCUCCGAUCUCGCUUGCCCUGUCUGCAGUGGCGGCUUCCUCGAAGAGAUGGAAUCCUCUAACCCUAACCCUAUCCCCAAUCCCUUCUUCCCCUCCGACGGCCCUCCCUUCCCCUCCGCCGGCUUCCCCACCUUCCUCUUCGGCGCCCCUACCGCCGCCGCCGGGCCGCGAAACCUCGCCGAGGAUCUCUCCGCCAUCCUCGGCGGCGCCGGCUCCCGCUCUACCUCCCGCGCUUCGCCGUUUCACGACCCCGACGCCUUCGACCCCUUCAGGUUCCUCGAGAGCUAUCUGCAAGGCCUGAGGGCCGACGGCGCCAAUGUUCAGUUUGUGAUUGAUCACACCGGCGGCGACGGAGGUAGGGAUUUCUCAGGCUUUCCUACCAAUGUCAAUUUGGGAGAUUACUUCUUCGGCCCAGGGCUGGAGCAACUCAUCCAGCAGCUCGCUGAGAAUGAUCCGAACCGCUACGGCACGCCGCCGGCUUCGAAGUCCGCCGUGGAGGCCUUGCCAGUUGUGAAAAUCACACAGGAGCUCUUGGAUUCCGACUCUUCGCAGUGCGCGGUGUGUAAGGACUCGUUUGAGCUUGAUGAGGAGGCCAAGCAGAUGCCCUGCAAGCACAUUUACCAUUCGGAUUGUAUUCUUCCCUGGUUGGAGUUGCACAACUCGUGCCCUGUUUGCCGCCACGAGUUGCCCACUGAUGAUUCAGAGUAUGAGCAGAGGGUUCGUGGCGGCGGAGGCGAUGCGGCCAAUGCAAAUAGCACUCAGUAUGCUGCUGGUGUUGGUGGAGCCAACAACUCUGGUGGUGUUGGUGGGAGUAGGGGGCAAGCUGUUGACAUUCAGGGUCAGGCACCACGUACAGUUGAGCGGAGGUUUACCAUCUCCUUGCCUCGCCUUUUUAGGGUAUUUGGUGGCGCACCCGAGGCUGGUAAUGCUGGGAGUGGAAGUGGAAGUGGAAGUGGAACCAAUGAUGGGCCUAACUCAGGGAACAGGGGAAGUCAAAACUCUGGAGCAGAGCCUAGACAAGAAGAUCUUGAUUGAGGACAAUUGGUAUGAAUAGCAGUUUACAUCUGCAACCAAAUGUUGAACAAAGAACGAUCUUGCACAUUAACAGUUAGUAACAGCGCUGCUUUUUUAAUAUUUGGAUGUGAUAAGCAUAGGUAAAGUGUCUACCUUUUAUUUUGAUCAAGUUGCGAAUUUCUCACAGAUUCAAGAUCUCAGUCAAGUUUUAUGUGCAUUAUCGUCGUUCUUCUUCUAGUAAAAAAAAAAAAAAUCAUCUGGGUUACACCUUAAUUUUGGGAUGUUAGAUACAUGGACAUGUUGCUACAAUUGUUUUGCAGUUUUAUCUUUUAAUGCUCUGUUGAUUUUCUUCUUUACAUU